GCCACUUGACCAGUAUUUGCUGCGUGUUCCUGAAAUAGCCAACCCUUGUCCCGACAGAUGAGGAGAGGCGUGGUUAUGUUUCAUGCACGCGUGACCGCAAGUUUGAGUACUAUUUAAUGCAGAAUAAUUUCACUUUCGACAGAUCGGGUGUCUGUCUGAUCGUUGAUCGCUGAUCGUCCGCCGUUGCAUAUCAAAAGGUCGUAACUGCUCCCGAUCCGUUCUAAUGGAAUCUCGACGAGAAAAAGAGAAUCUUUCAUUUUCGAUUGAAAACAUUUUACGAGAUGAUUUUCCACGAGGACAGAAAACGAACAUUGUGAAUGUACAACAACAAGCCUUGUGUCUUGAAAGAUGGUCGGAGCCACCAUUUUACGGUUACUAUUCGCUUCGUUACAGCCCAAUUUUCAUGAAAUGUCUGCCAAGCGUUUACAGACCCGAGAGAAGAUUGCACAGAGUGGAUGGAGAAAAAGAGCGAAUUUUAACAGAGAAACAGAAAGAUAUUGAAGAACAUCGCUCGAGUUACAAAGAUGAAGCUCUUUCUCAAAGUCAAGACGAAAUCACCAGCAAAAAGAUGAUUAAACAAUCUAAAAGAGAAACGUGCUACGAUGAAAAAGGCCAGGCCAGCGGUAAACGGAAGCGGCGAAAUCGCAGCCAUUUCACUCAGCGUCAACUCCAAUAUCUCGACAAGAUAUUUUCCCGCCAACAGUAUCUUACACGCGACGAGCGCACACUUUUGGCGAGGGGCCUGGAAAUGACUGAACUUCAGAUCAGAAACUGGUUCCAGAACCGAAGAUACCAAAGAAAACAUCGCGCCAACGAGAAUUCGAAACAAGAUGAACCAGAUUCGUCAGUGUGUGUAAAAGAAGAAGUUUGAUUACACAAAUCUGGAGAAACAUUCCAUCAAAUUUCGCUGAUGAAGCGAAUAAUCCCAUAAUGACGCGACUUACUGCGCCUUUAGAUACCUUUCUGAGAAGGAAAAGGUUCUUAUUAAGUUGUGAUAAAGUAGAAAAAAGCGUGGAUCUAUUUUCCAUAGCCAGUGCACUGUCAAAAAGUCCAACUUUGGUUAGUGUCGAUCCAGUUGUAAAGUAGAGAACUAAUUGAAAAGCAAUAUGACUGGUGGAAAUCUGUAAAUGUGCUAGCUAAACAUUGAUAUUUUUCCAUGCAAAUUUAUACGUUUGAAAAAGGAACUAGUAAAUUUGUUGUAUAAGGUGCAGUGAAAAAGCGAUGGUUUUAGAGUUACUUUAUAUCAGAAAAAUACGAUGUAAAUAGUUAUAUCAGGUCCCCUAAUAAAUACACUUGUACUAUAUUUUAUAU